GAGACCGAGCGGACGGGAGCUGAAGGGCCUACGCACAGAAGGACAAGAAGAAAACAAUCGAAACGGAUUUAUUUCUGUCAAGUCUUUGAUCACAAAACGCAUCUGAACUGCAAAGAGUAUUUUUGUACAGCCAUCCCCCUCCCCGUGGAGACCGGAGUUAACACCAAGAAGGACUCCAUGAAAGAUGACAGAGGAGGUCAUUGUCAUUGCCAAGUGGGACUACACGGCGCAGCAGGACCAGGAACUUGACAUUCGGAAAAGCGAGCGGCUCUGGCUGCUGGAUGACUCCAAGACGUGGUGGAGGGUGCGGAACGCUGCCAACCGGACGGGCUAUGUCCCCUCCAACUAUGUGGAGCGCAAGAACAGCUUGAAGAAGGGCUCGCUGGUGAAGAACCUCAAGGACACCCUGGGCCUGGGUAAGAUGAAGAGGAAGACGAGCGCCCGCGAUGCCUCUCCGACACCCAGCACAGAUGCCGAGUACCCAUCCAAUGGCGGCGGGGGAGGAGCAGAGCGCAUCUAUGACCUGAACAUGCCAGCGCUGGUGAAGUUCGCGUACGCGGCGGAGCGCGAGGACGAGCUGACACUGGUGAAGGGCACGCGGGUGGUGGUGAUGGAGAAAUGCAGCGAUGGCUGGUGGCGGGGCAGCUACGCCGGCCGUGUGGGCUGGUUCCCCUCCAACUAUGUGCAGGAGGAGGGUGAUGAAGCGUCGGCUGAGCCAGCCCGCUUCCAGGCCCCACGGCCUGGCACAGCCCUCAGCAAUGGGCAGGGCGCCCGUGUACUCCAUGUGGUGCAGACUCUCUACCCCUUCAGCUCAGUGACGGAGGAGGAGCUGAACUUUGAGAAGGGGGAGACUAUGGAGGUGGUAGAGAAGCCGGAGAACGACCCCGAGUGGUGGAGGUGUAAAAAUGCACAUGGCCAGGUGGGCCUGGUACCCAAGAACUACGUGGUGGUGCUGAGCGAUGGGCCGGCCCCUGGGGGCCACAGCGCAGGGCCCCACUCCCCGCAGGUUGGCAAUGCGGGACCCUCACACUCGGGCAAGUUUGCUGGCAAGGAUUGGUACUACAGCAAUGUGACCCGGCAUCAGGCGGAGUGCGCCCUCAACGAGAGGGGGGUGGAGGGAGACUUCCUGGUGCGGGACAGUGAGUCCUCACCCAACGAUUUCUCUGUGUCUCUGAAAGCCCCGGGGAAGAAUAAGCACUUCAAGGUACAGUUGGUGGAUGGGGUGUACUGCAUUGGCCAGCGGCGCUUCAGCACCAUGGACGAGCUGGUUGAACACUACAAGAAGGCGCCCAUCUUCACCAGCGAGCAUGGAGAGAAGCUGUACCUCAUCAGACCCUUACUGUGACCCCGCCUACCCCUCGGCCCGGCUGGCAGCAAGUCCCACCCCUGAGCAGAGCCAUUUCUAUGGCACCCUGGCCUCCUUUCCUCUGACUUCUGUAUAAUGGUCACACAGCCAGGCCUCGAGAGCGACCACCUGCAUAACAACUGCACAGCCAGCUCGGCUGACAC